UACUUGUCUACCAUCAGCAACCGCGAGGCGUGAUAAUGAGCAGAAAAUCGAACAUCAAGCUGACAAUCAGUGUAGCAGGCGGAGGAGGUCCGAAUAACAUCUAUCGUGAUCCCAGCUAUCUGGAUUGGGUACCAAACAGUCCGAGUGAGUCCGAUUCACCUUUGCCCUCUCCGAAAGGAGAGGUGAAGAAGUUCCUUCGAGUUGGAUUUAUGGAUAUGGACGAACAUAGUGACAAUAGUUAUAAUCAAACAAGAAGGGAUGUCGAAAUUGAUAUAAACCAACUGUCGGGAAAGGGAACAAGAAGCAAGAGAUUUGUGGAACCCAGAAUGUCGUUGUUAGGGAAACCUUUAAAUUAUCGCCAACACAGGAAAGAUGCUCGGAUGAGAAAAUUACAAGCAAAAAUAUAUAAUUUCUUAGAAAGACCUAAGCAGUGUUUGUCAGUGGUUUACCAUAUACUGAUGUUUGCCGCUAUUUUGACCUGUCUUAUACUAAGUGUCUUAGCUACAAUAGAGGAACUCAACGAAGAAUUCAUCACACAGACAGUGUUAUAUAUUGAACCCAUUGUACUGGUAUGGCUUAUAGCAGAAUUCGGGGUUCGGAUCUGGGCAGCAGGUUGUCGGUCUAGAUAUCAGGGGUGGAGAGGGCGGAUGAGGUUUAUUAGACGCCCUUUAUGCAUAGUCGACAUGGUUGUGAUUGUAUCUAGUGUCUUUGUGUUAGUCCUCGGAGCGGGAAACCCAGUGUUUGCUGCCUCUACACUCAGGGGUUUGAGAUUCUUCCAAAUUCUACGAAUGGUCCGAAUGGAUCGGCGCGGGGGGUCGUGGAAGCUUUUGGGAUCAGUCGUUUGGGCUCACAGACAGGAACUAUUGACAACGUUGUAUAUUGGUCUUCUGGGACUAUUUCUGUUCUCAUUCUUAGUAUAUCUUGCUGAGAAAGACGCGGAUAAGCCCAAAUUUAGAAGUUAUGCCGAUGCACUGUGGUGGGGUGUAAUUACCUUAUGCACAGUUGGUUAUGGUGACGUUGUUCCCACAACUUGGGCGGGAAAACUCAUCGCUGCUUUCUCAGCCAUUUUGGGAAUUUCAUUCUUCGCACUUCCAGCUGGAAUAUUAGGAUCGGGCUUUGCUCUAAAAGUCCAGCAGCAGCAACGCCAGAAACACCUUAUUAGGCGCCGUGUGCCUGCAGCGCAGCUCAUUCAGUGUCUGUGGAGGUGUUACGCCGCCGACACCAACUCAAUGUCGGUCGCUACGUGGAAACCUCACAUGACUCCCUGCCCAAGUCCUACAUCCGAACGUCCAUUUAAAACAAACGCUUCGUUUGUAAGUCGAUUUUCUACAAGACGAAGAGAUCGGUCCUGCUCUUCUAGUAACUCCAUUUCUAAUAAUCCACAUUCCCCCCUACUGCCGAGGAAAGAUCAAAACAAAAAGCCAAACGGGGCAGACUUAUCAGAAGAAGGAACUCUGGCAAUUAACAGUUUAGUUAAUCGAACAUGGAGCCAUCUAAGCUUAGCCACUGGAAUAGCUGAUCAUAAAGUUGACCAUCUACCAAUCAGAAAAGAGACAUCAUCGCCCUCGCUUUCAUAUAGAGACCCGUAUGAAGAUGAUUUUGAUGUCUCCCCUAAAAUGCUACAACUAACAGAAACACACAAGACAGCCAUACGGUCUUUAAGAAAAAUCAAAUACUUUGUGGCAAGAAGAAAAUUCAAAGAGGCUUUGAGACCUUAUGACGUCAAAGACGUUAUUGAGCAAUAUUCUGCGGGUCACGUGGAUAUGCUUGGGCGGAUCAAAAGUCUUCAACAAAGACUUGAUGUCAUUCUUGGAAAAGUGGGAAGUAAAAGAAAAGAUGUUUAUGAUUCUAAGCAGAGCCUUGCAUCAAGGAUUGUGAAAGUUGAAAGAUCGGUAGAGGACAUUGAAUCAAAGUUGGAUUUACUGAUUGAUCUGUACAAAGAGGACAGGAAGCCAUUAUUGCAGCACUGUCAAGAAUGUUCCAUAAAAAACAAUUUUCCAGCGGAGAAUAAUCAAACAGAAGUGACGUCAUGCCUGAAAAACCCCACAGAAGUGACGUCAUGCCUGAAAAAUCCUACUGAAGUAACGUCAUGUCUAAAGAAUCCAAUCAUUCCAAAGCAAUCUACUCCUCGUUCAAUUCUCUUAGAUAAACAUUGUAGUGAACCUACAAGUCCUACAACUUCACGAACUCCAGAUAAAAAGAUGCAGAGAAAUUUAUCCGAUCUCAGUCAACGAAUCAAAAAACGUGUUACAUACAGACUCCUAUCUCUCAAUGACCAAUCAACUCACAAGAAAUCUUUAGAUCCGAAACGUCAGAGAAGUGUUUCUGUAGACAGUGCCGACAUUCUUUGUGAUACAAAUAACAUCGAUACAAAUCAUUUUGAAGAGAUCCAAGAAACUGAUCAAACAACACAGACGGUAUUAAUCAAAGACCCACCACCUCCAAAAAAGAACAUGUCGCAUGCACACGGUCGGAAAUACACAAAUCAAAAUGACCUUGAAAAAACUGAUCCUUCAGAGGAAGAAACGCCACUUAACACAACUGUGGCAUCAGAAGAAGUUAAAAUUGACUUCCUGAGCAUCAAUCACAUAGUCCCUGAAAAUGUUGAUUUACAAAACUUUCCUGGGUAUAAACCAAAUGUUUAAAUCUAAAUUCAAUUCUUACUGGCACCGUUCAUAUAUACUACUCAAUAUCAAUGUUGUUCAUUCAUAUCGUCAGAAUCAAUUUUUAUCGGAGGGUUAUGUCAUCAAAUUCGUUUUAGCCCAACAAUAUCAGGAUCUCCUCUCAUUUGUUUUGUUUUGUUUUUUUUGUUUUUUUUUUUUUGUUAGAUAUAUUUAUAUAUAUCAUAUACAUAGUUUAU